AUCGGGAGGCCCCUUCCAUUGCCUCUCAUAGGUUUCAUGCUGGCAGGGAUUUACUGGAGUAGCUGCACACGUCGAUCGACCUGCUGUCCAAACCCCCCAUUUCAGCGAUACAUAAGGAAGGCAGCUGAGAGAAAGUUCUCCAUGAAUGUACGUCACAAUGAUGAUGACCGACCAAAUCCCAGUGGAACUGCCACCCUUACUGAAUGGGGAGGUAGCCAUGAUGCCACAUAUCGUAAAUGGAGAUGGGUCACAGCAGGUCAUUCUAGUUCAGGUUAACCCAGGAGAAACCUUCACAAUACGAGCCGAGGACGGAACACUGCAGUGCAUUCAAGGUCCUGCAGAAGUUCCAAUGAUGUCUCCAAAUGGGUCCAUCCCUCCAAUACAUGUGCCUCCUGGUUACAUCUCACAGGUUAUAGAAGACAACACAGGAGUUCGACGUGUAGUGGUUACACCACAGUCCCCAGACUGUUACCCUCCCAGCUAUCCAUCCGCCAUCUCUCCAACUCAUCAUUUACCUCCAUACCUUGCACACCAUCCGCAUUUCCUACACAACUCACAUAAUCCGUUUUAUCCGCCAGUCACAGGCCCGGGCGAUAUACCUCCACAGUUCUAUCCACAUCAUCUUCCUCCCACAAUCUAUGGAGAGCAAGAAAUAAUACCACUGUUUGGGAUGUCCAGUUAUAUUACACGAGAAGACCAGUACUGCAAGCCUCAGCACAAAAAGCUCAAACAGAUCGACAGACAAAACCGUUUGAACAGUCCUCCAUCCACUUUGUACAAAAGCCAUAUAGGAAACUGUAUGACUGUAUACAAUGGCAAUGGCAAAGCUUACAAUGGAGCCAGCUGCGGAAGUGUUAACAGUGCAACAGGACUUAAAAAAACUGACCGCAGAGCAAGAAGCAGUCCAAAGUCAAAUGAGCAAGAAACACAACAAGAAUAUGAACCAGAAGUGAAGAAGUUGCAUGAGGUGCUUUCAGGAAUUGAGAAGUUAAUGGUUUCUAACAUCCAGUCAAGAACAGCUUUAGUGACAUGGUCUCCUGCCAAUGGCUAUCCAAACGGAGAGAAAUCCAGUAAUGGCCUCUCUUAUUCUUGUAGUUACGAGGUUGCAUUAUCAGACAAAGGGAGAGAUGGAAAGUACAAGAUUAUUUACAGUGGAGAAGAAUUAGAAUGUCAUUUGAAAGACCUCAGGCCGGCAACAGAUUACCAUGUCAGGGUAUAUACAACAAACAAAUCAUUAAAGGGAUCCUGCUCAGAACCCAUUACUUUCACCACUCACAGCUGUGCACCAGAAUGUCCUUUCCCACCUAAGUUGUCUCACAGAACCAAAAGCUCCCUCACACUACAGUGGAAGGCACCGGUUGACAAUGGCUCAAAAAUCAGCAGUUACCUUUUACAGUGGGAUGAGGGAAAAAGAAACAGUGUGUUCAGAGAAUGUUACACGGGAAUCCAAAGGCACUGUAGGCUCGCAAAACUAUGCCCAGCCAUGGGAUACACAUUUAGAGUGGCAGCACGCAAUGAUAUUGGCAAAAGCGAGUACAGCCAAGAGGUUGUGUACUACACAUCAGGCAAUAUCCCUCAGACACCCUCCACACCUAAACUUAUUAGAGCUGGAAUUACGUGGAUAACGCUGCAUUGGAUGAGGCCAGAGGGAUGUUUCCCAGAAGAAGUGAUUUCAUACACGUUGGAGAUUCAGGAGGAUACCGACAGUGUAUUUCAACCUGCAUACACUGGAGAAGAAUUAACAUGUACUGUGAAUAAUCUCCAAAGAAGCACACAAUACAAAUUUAGGCUUAUUGCCUCCAAUGUUGAAGGAUGUAGCUGUCCAAGUGAAGUAUUGGUCUGCACAACAAGUCCAGAUCGGCCGGGACCACCUUCUCGACCUGUAGUAAAGGGCACCAUCACUGCACUUGGCUUUACUGUUCAGUGGGAUGUUCCUGUGGACAAUGGUGGCUCAGAAAUACUGAAAUAUCUUUUGGAAAUUUCUGAAGGGACGUUUGAAGCAUCGCAGUGGAAAGUAGCAUAUAGUGGAUCUGAAACAGAAUAUACCUGCAAUGACUUGAAGCCAGGCACUUUAUACAAGCUCCGCGUGUGUUCAAUUAGCACAGGGGGACACAGUCAGUGUUCUGAAAGUCAGCCUUUUCGCACAUUGUGUGUAGCACCUGGUCCUUGUCAAACACCAAGAGUCGUAGGCAAACCAAAGCAUAAAGAAGUACAUUUACAAUGGGAUCCCCCUGUGAUGGGGUCAGAGUGUCAGGUAUCAGAGUACAGCUUAGAGCUCAGUGUACCUGGAGGACAUACCACUGAGGUUUACCAUGGAAGUGAUUUGGAAUGUACAGUAAGCGAUCUGCUUCCUGGAAGCACUUAUCAAUUCAGCGUACGAGCCCUGAAUGACGGAGGAUAUGGGCCCUAUUCAAACGCUACAGAAGUCACGACUGCUGCAGGACCACCCGCACAGUGCAGGCCUCCAGUUCUGACAUUCCUCUCUGACACAUGUGUACAUAUAGGUUGGGAGAGUCCUGAGAGCAAUGGUGCGGACAUCUCUGGAUACAGACUACAGUGGGCAAAGGAAGAAGAUACCCCAGAAUUAGUUUACAGUGGCUCUGACACCAGUUUUCAGAUGUCUGAUUUAUUACCAGCAACACAAUACUGCUGUAAACUUCAGGCUGUAAAUUUGUCUGGAGCUGGACCAUUUAGCGAUACAGUGAGCUGCAGAACGCCAGCUUCCACCCCAUGUGCAGUGCCCAACCUGUAUGUGACGGAAGGUGCCCAUCUAGAAUCAUGCACAGUACAUUCUUCGGUGUGCCUACUGCUCAACUGGGAUGAACCGUGCUGCAAUGGAUCAGAAAUUAUUUCUUACCACAUAGACAUGGGAGAUAAUAGCAUCACAGUAGGGAAUGUAACAAGUUAUGUCAUUGAGGAUCUGCAGCCUGAAGAAACCUACCAAAUUCAGAUCCAGGCAGUGAAUGAGAUUGGAGCUGGACCUUUCAGUCAUACGAUCAGUGUAAAAACAAGCCCACUUCCUCCCCUGCCUCCUCGGUUGGAGUGCGCCGCAGCUGGACCCCAGAGUCUCAAACUGAAAUGGGGAGAAAGCAGCACAAAGUUACAAGUGUCCGAUGAUGUUAUUUUCAUCCUUCAAGUCGAGGAUAAAAAUAAGAGGUUUCUUCCCAUCUACAGAGGUCCAAGCCACACAUAUAAGGUGCAGAGACUGACCGAGUUCACGUGCUACAACUUCAGGAUUCAGGCUGUUAAUGAUGCUGGAGAAGGGCCAUUUUCUGACAUCUACACAUUCUGCACAACCAAGUCUGUUCCACCUACCAUUAAAGCUCCCAAGGUGACACAGUUAGAAGGAAACGCAUGUGAAAUUACAUGGGAGACUGUUUCACCUAUGAGAGGAGACCCUAUUGCAUAUAUCUUACAAGUGCAGGUCGGCCGGGAGUCAGAAUAUAAACAGGUAUUUAAAGGAGAAGACACAUCAUUUCAAAUCUCAGGCCUUCAAAACAACAUGGAUUACAGAUUUCGGGUUUGUGUAUGUCGUCGAUGUGCAGAUACCACCCAAGAACUCUGUGGAUCUUACAGUCCAUCUGCAUCAUUCAUUAUGAGACGGAGUGAUCUCAUGUUACCAGAGGACAUAACUCACCUUGAAAAUGCGAAAUUCAAGAGCAUGAUGCCUACUGAUGAACAGUUUGCAAUCCUCUUUGUUCUUGGCUUUGCCACCUUGUCAGUUUUGUUUGCCUUUAUACUUCAGUACUUCUUUAUGAAGUAGACAAUGAAGACAGUUCUGAGGCAUAAACUUAACUAAUGCUACGCAUUAUAAUUCAGACAUUUAUUCAGAUAUUUGUUUUCAAGAAAUACCAAUCAUUUUGAGUUCUGCAUUUUGUAUUCAUGUUUUUACUGUUUCGGCUACAUUCUCAGUGUUUUGGUGCACCUUUUUGAAAUGCAAACCCAGGAAAUAGCUGAAAUUUGUUUCUGCUGAGUAGAUAUAUUACAGUACAGUAGAAUCAUUCUCUUGGUAAUAACGUGUACAAGUCAGG